CAGGCCAGGGGACCCUUGACGUUACGUGGUGGUGGGAGAGUCAUUCUGACCACCACAGUCAAAUCGGUCGGUGGGCUCUCAGGCUGCCUACGGUCGGCGCUACUGCUACCGUAGAAGCCAGGUUGCGGGUUCGGUACUGUUUUUUUUCCGGUAAUCACAGUCGUGAAUGUAGAUAAAUAAGACUCGCAGACCAGUUCAAGGAUGCCUCAACGAGAGUGAGGCAGGUUGUAAUAAGUCAACGAGGGUUUUGUGCCGCAGUCUCGUUCUUUACAAAAAUAAGUUUAAGAGGCCUUGUAGUAAAAUAAAACAAAUGGACAAGAAACAUUGAUAGCGGUAACAUAAAGACGACCAAAGUUGCGUUCGGGCGUGUAUAUUUUACUAAGCGAGUCGAUUCUGCCGGAAAAACCGACUCGUUCUAUGUCCCCUUAAAAAAUAAAUGAUAACAGAAGAGCCGAAAGGCAGAUGGAGGAUAAAAGAGUCAGGAGUACCUUAAUUUGUUCGUUUUAUAUAGUCGGUUUUCGCAUUUUCUCCUUACCCAAUCUUAAUAUGACAAUACGGAACAUUUCGAAUGGCUGUUUCUUUCGUUGAAGGCCGUGAAAUAGCGACAAUGGUAAGGGGAAGCGUCAUACUACCAAAGUUGGUAAAUAAUUGUACAUGAUCCAAUAGUCUGGGGCACUGCUGAAUGGGACAAAUCUUCAUUUUUGUUGCUUGCAUACAAGAGUGCAUCGACAAAUAAAAACGAAAAAACGCAUUGGUGAUCGCUUGAAAAAUUGAGAACUUAAACCAGAAUAAGUCGCUAUUCGGCACUAAGGAACCCGUCAUAGACGAGGUUCCUCGUAUACGAUACCUUGAGACCUCUUGAAAAUGACGACCAAACCUCCCCAUGCAUAAAAUAGAACAGAAAGCAGCCAUUACAAUGGCAAUCCUUGAAUAUCUCCUGCUUAGAAGUAAGCAAGAAAAGAGCGCGCAAGCUCACGCACAGGGUUUAGAAGCUUUCGUGGAAUAUUUGGGCCAUCUUCCGGGUUUGGAGACAAAAAAGCCACCUAUAUUUGUCUCUCUGGCAUUUCUGAGUUAUUGUUUUAACAUUGAAGGCGAAUUUCAUGGUCGUGGAGAAUCCAAGGAAGAUGCGUCGAAACCAAUUGCUUGUUUUUGGGACACAGACGUAAUGAGUAAUGCAUUAUUUCAGUUGAAAAAUACAGAGCACUCUAGAAAGAAAAGAAUUCUAAAGAUACUGCGACACGAUUUAGAUGAAGACACGACAGUACGGCUCCGCUCGCUGGACAAGGAAGCCAUGAGACUGUUUGCUUGGGCAAAAAGCGGUAUAUGCCGCUGGGUCCUUUUUUCUCUUACUGAUAAGGAACGAGUAGACGAAGAAGCUGUUUUGGCGUUUCUCACCAUGUGGAUGAUUGAUGUCCCCAACGAGAUCCAAACAUUUAAACGGCUCCUCUCCUACGACUGGGACCACCGUCGCUCCAAAAUCAAGACGUACAAGAAAAAAAUACCGUGGUCAAAGGUUUACAGCGUCAUCCAGCGUUACAUCGCGUGCACUGAAGCGCAAUGUAAACUAGUGAAUCAGUUUCAGUUCAAUGCCGAUACUUUUCUGCAGGCAGUGGUAGAGGCGAUAGAGCAAAACCAGAGGGUGUUAUCUAUCUUUUCGGGUAACGGGAUAUAGUUUUCAAGCAUUGGAAACGACUGCUGGACAGACGAACGGAGAGAUGCUUGUAACCUAAUCUCAGAAUCCUGAGUGUUUUAGCCAUCAUUUGCUGCGAUGGCAUCGGCAAUUUCAUAGAGUGUUUGUUUUACUUCAACGUCCGGCAAUACCGACAGCACCUUCUUAGCGCGGUUCACCUCAUCGUCAAGACGUAUUUCUGUCUUGUCAGGGUUGGAUUGUCGAAGUUGCAUGGCUGUUCCCAGAUGCAAACCAUAUUCAAAACAUGCCUGGGAUAUGUGCUCGGACGCCCGGUUGAGUAUGCUUGCACAUAAACAAGCCUUUGCUGGUAGAAAGGCGGAUUGCAGGCGGAGACGUCGUCGCUCAGACUCAAUGGACAUGGUGUCUCUGGUUUGGGGAAAGUUUCCUUCAAUUAAGUUUGCAAUGGCUGAAGCCAUGAGUUCUGUAAUGGAGUUGUCUUUCAAAGACGCUAGAUCCACGGAUGCUUUUCCCAAUAAAUAGUCGCCUACCAAAACUUUUAAUUUCGUAAUAGAAUGCGCUUCCUUUGCGUGUUCUUGGACACUUUUGUGAAUUGCAUUAGCGGCAUGAAUUAGUUCCGUUAUACGCGAAAGUUGCUUGUACCGCUGAUAUUGUUGCUUCGAAGGCGUCGCAUCUAACGUAGAAGCGCGAGACAUUAAUAGAACAAGCAAUGGGUGGAAAAAAC